UUUUUCUCUCGCCCACCUCAGCACCAGACCACCGCCCUUCUCCCAGUUCAAUUCUCACGUCGCCUCGGUACCUCUCCCACCGUGAUACCGUCACCAUCUCUUCCACACCACACACUCCCGCACGCGCGCACAUACACACACACACACACACACACACACACACACACACACACACACACACACACACACACACACACACACACACACACACACACACACACACACACACACUGUCUAUCUUCCCCAUCCCUUGCGCUUGACGCCGCUGUCAGUCGGGUACCCUCGCACUGCUCCAAACGGCCUGCAUAUGCGAGAGAUGGCUGCAUCCUUCCUCCGCCUACCUUGCACGUACAUAUUGCGGUACAGCCUGGCUACGCACACAAUCUCUCUCUCUCUCUCUCUGCCUGGUCCAAGCCAAGGGUUGGGGGAACGGCAGGCAACCCCAUCCACACCCCCCUGUUACGGGCAUAG